CCAAGCAUUUUGGUAGACGAACGUACUUUGUCUUUACUCCUCAUGACCGUCGACUAUCCUUCUUCCGUAUCAAACAAAGCAUGGUGUCUCAUUGAAUCGGAUCCUGCCAUCUUUAAUGCCAUGAUGCAAGAAUACGGCGUAAAAAAUCUCAAGGUGGAAGAAGUCUGGGAUCUCAAUAUGUUACCUGACACACCAGUUCACGGCCUGAUAUUCGCGUCAAAAUACAAGGAAGAUCUCUUGCCUGAGCAUCCAGAGGAACCAGACGAAGGCGCUGAAAAGGUCAUAUUUUCUUGUCAAGUCGUGCUCAACGUGUGCGCCACGCUGGCCCUCUUAGGCAUUCUCUUGAAUUGUAACGAUGAUGUGGAUAUUGGCAAUUAUUUACGCCAUUUCAAACACUUUACCAAAGAUUUCGAUCCAUGUCUUCGCGGUUUGGCCGUGGGUAACAGCGACAUGCUCCGUAAUACGCACAACACAUUCGCGUCAAAUCAAGUACGUGCCGAGAAUGCUUUGCCUCGCAUGAAAGAGGCGCCAAAGAAACGAGGGAGACUCAAGAAGGACGCACGACAAUGGGUAAACGAAGAUAUGUAUCACUUUGUCAGUUACGUGCCCAUAGAGGGUUAUCUAUGGGAAUUGGAUGGGAUGAAGAAAUACCCCGUUCGACUGGGACCUUGUGCGGCUGAUAAUUGGCUCGAUGUUGCGAAACCACUAUUGCAAAAGAAAAUGAUACCACAAAACGAGGAUGAAUCUAUCGAUUUUAGUCUCAUGGCGAUUGUGACGGAUUCCACGGCCAAACUGCGUCAACGGUACGAAUUUAAUAGUCUCUACAUUUCGAAAAUCGACGAAUUGCUCGAUGAAUUGCAUCCUCCGUGGCGCGAUAAUACUCAGGAUAAUCUUGGCAAAAAGCGAACACAUGAUGAAAUGGAGUACGACAAGGAUGCACUGGAAGACAUCCUCAAAGAAGAUAUCCGCCAAAUAACCGUAGAAGGACUGCGAAAGCGGCGCUGUACACUCGAUGAAGAAAACAAAGUGGCACAAGCCCAGUUGCGUGAUUCAGAACUACAAAAAGAACAUGAAGAAAUGGAGAAUGCACGACGUAAAGCGGAUUACUUCCCUUUUAUCAAAGCCUUAUUUAAAAAGCUGGAUGAGAAGAACAUCCUGACCAAACUGAUUCAGUAAUUCGCACGCUUCACAUUUUCAUUAUUACCCCCAUCUUCUCAUUUUAUUCAUCAUCUUCAUAUUCCUUUUUUUUGUACAUCCAUGAUCCAAAGCUGCCUUUUAUAAAGAAAAAAAAAUUGUAUCUUAGUAAAAGGAAGCAUCAAACGCAUACUCAUGCUUUCUCUUCCCCAACCUGUUUUUCCGGAACAUCAUAACUCUAGACAAGGCAUGAUCUGGACAGUGACAUUUUGAUCUUUUGAUUUUCCCUUUUUUCAUCAUGCUUGCUGAAUUUGUUGAUGUUUCUAUCCAUUGAAGCGAAAGUGACUACGGGAAGUGUUCGUAAUCAUAUCACUCAUAACAUUCGAAGCUGUUUGUUACAAACAAAUGCCCGAGCAAAAGACGCCUCCACCUAAUAAAUCAAAA